AAGUGUACGCAUGCGUGGAGCACUACAUCCACCACUCGCCGUCGUCUGUGGAACAUUUGGCUUUUGACAGAGGAAAUCUGUCAGAGAUACGGAAACACGCUCCUCGCUCCCAUUUCAGUAUUUUUUUUUUACACAUUGCUUUCGCGAGUAAAAUGGAGAAGAAGAACGAAAUCAAUGGCCAUGCCAUAUCCGAAUGCGCCGUACCGGUCAUCACGGCUGCAGCCAAGGGUGAUUCAAAGUCUUUUAAAGACAAGUUUGCAGUAUUUUUGAAGAGGAAUCUGUUGGUAAUACUUACGGUGUCUGGCGUGCUGGUGGGUGUUGGGCUGGGCAUGAUGGUCCGAAGCAUGGAGCUCACUCGGGCAGAGAUGACUUACUUCGCCUUCCCCGGGGAAAUGUUGCUGCGGAUGCUGAAGAUGAUCAUCCUUCCAUUGGUGGUGUGCAGUCUAAUCUCAGGCGCGGCCAGCCUGGACACCCGGUCCCUGGGCAAACUGGGCGGAAUUGCGGUCGGGUACUUUUUUGUGACCACUCUCAUCGCUUCUGCGAUCGGCGUGGCCCUGGCCUUCAUCAUCAAACCCGGCGUCGGCGCCAGUGCCCUCAACACCAACAGCUUGGGACUCCAAAGCGUCUCUACCAGCAAGGAGACCACCGACUCCUUUUUAGAUCUUGCCAGGAACCUGUUUCCAGCCAAUCUCGUGGCUGCUGCCUUCCGCACGUAUGCGACUGAUUACAAGAUGGUUGCUGUGGGAAACGACACCAACGGAACGGUUAUCUACCAGAAGGUACCGUUUGGCAUGGAGUCGGACGGCAUGAACAUCCUAGGCCUGGUUCUCUUUGCCAUGGUGUUCGGGGUGGCGCUGAAGAAGCUGGGGGCCGAGGGCGAAGAGCUCAUCCGAUUCUUUAACGCCUUCAACGAAGCCACCAUGGUGUUGGUCUCCUGGAUCAUGUGGUACGUGCCUGUGGGCAUCAUGUUCCUGGUGGGCAGCAAGAUGGUGGAGAUGGAGGACGUGGUGCUCCUGGUCACCAGCUUGGGGAAGUACAUCUUUGCCUCCAUCCUGGGCCACAUCAUCCACGGGAGCCUUGUGCUUCCCCUCAUCUACUUCGCCUUCACCCGCAAGAACCCCUACAGCUUCCUGUCGGGCCUGAUCACCCCCUUCACCACCGCCUUUGCCACCUGCUCCAGUUCAGCCACGCUGCCGUCCAUGAUGAAGUGCGUGGAGGAGAACAACGGCGUGGACAAGCAUAUCAGCCGCUUUAUCCUGCCCAUUGGGGCCACCGUCAACAUGGAUGGGGCGGCCAUCUUCCAGUGCGUCGCAGCCGUCUUUAUCGCGCAGCUGAACAAUUCGGAGCUCAACGCGGGACAGAUAUUCACCAUCCUGGUGACAGCCACUGCAUCCAGUGUGGGGGCGGCCGGCAUCCCCGCCGGGGGCAUCAUCACCAUCGCCAUCAUCCUGGAAGCCAUAGGGCUGCCCACCAAUGAUCUGUCGCUCAUGCUCGCCGUUGAUUGGAUCGUGGACCGCACAACCACUGUGGUGAAUGUGGAGGGGGAUGCCCUGGGGGCGGGAAUCCUGCACCACAUCAACCAGGAGGACAUGAAGAAGAGGAAACAGGGUCGGUCGGAAGGGAGGCGGGAGGAGGAGCUGGCGGAGGUACAGGUGGAGGCUGCAGCCCACGUGCAGGCUGAGGAGGAGAUGUCCCCACUCGUCACCAACCAGGGCAGGGGGCAGGUGGCCUUGCCGGGCCGUUCGGCGGAGAAGGAGGACAUUGAGUCAGUUUUCUGAACUGCAACCGGAAAAGGCACUUAUGGGGGGUAGUCGAUUUCAAAAUAAAAGACUUACCUCUGACAGGAGAGGCUGCCCUGCUAAAGCAGUCGUUGGGAAGGUGACAUUUGUCAUAGAUUUGUAUUGUCCUUAGGAACACACAAAGUAAGUCAUUUCUGUAGCGGAGGCUGAUUCUUUUAACGUUGUCUGCAUCCAAAAUGGUCCCUUUCACCUUCAAGUAGUGAAUGAUUCUUUUUUUUUAAUAAGAGGAUUGCCGUUAGCCAAUAGCCAUGAGGCUGUGGGGGGGUGGGGGGGGGGGGGCACACAGGCUUAAAUUAUUAACAGGCUCCCUCCUUGCUCCUGUUGGUCUGUGCUUAUUAAGUAUUAACUCUUUGGGAGAGGAGGUACCCUGCCGGUUUCAUGUCGGCCGUGGGAUUUUAGCAGCUGGACUAGAGAGUCUCCCCACCCCCCCAAGUCACAUUGGAGCGAUGUUCCCAAAACCAAGAAGAGAGGCCAGGGCGUGUUGACGCCGCUUUCCCCUGAUGGCUGGAACGUGCGGCGUGCCAGAGCCGGCUCCACCUUUCUCGUGCCAAACUACAGCGAGAACACAGCAGCCAUGUUGGUCUGCUAAUAACAGCCGUGAACUUUAUUUUUUAAUAGAAUGUCAGGUGGUCCAAAGUGUGAAUGUCUGGCCCAGAUUAAACCUAUUGCAUUCAUUCUUAACUUUGACAUAUUUACAUGUUACCAUUUUUAUUACUUACUCACUAUGUGUAGUUCAGUGACUGCCAAACAAUGUGUUUUAUAAAUAAUUUUAUAGUUACUGUGCACGUUUUAAAUCACUUUAUCUAAGCCAUGCCAAGAUUUACAUCUGUUUUUUCCAUAGCAAUUAAAAAAACUAAAUCUUUAUUUUUGUUUUACCCUUUCCCAGAUAAAAAAGAACCUGUGAUCUUUAGUUCACUUUGAAUGUACACAAAACUUGUAUUAUACUGAGAAAAACAGGUGCAAAUUGACAAAUCAGACAGCACAGGGCUAUCAGAAUUGGCCAAAAUCACUUCUGAUUGACUGACCUGAGAUGAUUGUUGACUAUGGAAAAAGUUAUUUCUAUGUUUAAGUUUUUAAAAUUUAUUACAAGUGUUUAAAUUUAAAGUUAUUCCAAGCUUAAAUUUUAAAAAGAAGUUAAAGCUUCACCUGUUCUAUUUUGCAUAUACGUUUGGUGGCUUAUUGUCAGUAUACAUUUCAUCUCAUUCUUUUUUUAAAAGAAUAUCUAGAAUUCUCCACCAGAAAGUCUCAAAAUAUGGAAUGGAAGGAUGGAUGUUCAGAUUUUAAUAUGAGAAUUUUUUUAGUCUUUAGACACAGUCCUCUCACAAAAAGUCCUUUUAGAUAUUAUGAAAUUAAAAAUGUCUGCUAUCUGCAAACCUUUUCCUA